UCGACUGUAAUGUACAUUUAUCUUACCUUCUCCACUUAGACACAACUUUUAAAAUGAAGACGAUCGCGUGGUUCGCGUUUGCGCUCGCUGCUCUUUCUGCUGCAGCCAGAGUCAUCCUCACUAAUCCAAGACACAAGGCCACGUUGGAGUGCGGGGUGAGCUCCUUCACGGACAUCCUGCAGUGGUUCCACGGAGAGGACCUGCUGCAUAGUGUUUCUGGGAAGUCCGGCAUCCCUCGCAAAGGUCAUUUUAAUGUUGCCGGAAGGUCAAAGGUGAGGUCAGAAACAACGCUCGAGAUCUCUGACGUGAAGGAAGAAGAUGCCGGAAAGUUUGUUUGCAAUGCGGACGGGAGACGUGAAGAACACACACUGCUCGUGGCCUCAGUCUGGGCCAGCCCCUCCGCUGACCUCCAGCUGGGCAGUGAGGCCACGCUCCACUGCAAGGUGAGCGGUCUGGACCGAGACUCUACGGUGAGGUGGACGAGCCCGGCUGGAAGUCCACACUCUGGGUGGCUCGAGUCUGUAAGGCGCUCUGAUGCGGGGACCUGGCAGUGUGUGUUCUCCCAAGACGGGGGGGUGUACAGUCAGAACCUCGCCAUCGAGGUUCAAGUACCUGCUCCUGAAACGACUGCGCCACCAUCAUCCCCUUCCCCGAGCACAAGCUGCCUCGACUGCGUCACUCGCCCUCCUCCAUCUGCUGCUGCUCCGCUGCUGGGGCUCAGCUGGUGGGUGUGGCUCACAGCUGGAGGCGGCUGCCUGGCUGUGGUUCUCCUCGUGGUCUUUGUCGUCGUCCUGUGCGAGAGGAUUAAAAGAAAGAGAAAACAUCAAGUGAUGAAGAAUGGCCGACAGAAGCCAAAGAGCUACUGCCAGUGCGACUGCCCAGCAGCUGCAGCAAAACCACAGCGAGGACGGCGGAGAGAGAAGCCGUCAGCCCCCGCUCUGCAAGCAGCGCCGCUGCUGUGA